AUGAAUACCACCGAAGAAUAUGUAUGUUACCACAAUUAUGAAUUACUACCACCAUUAGUCAAUUUAUUUAAUACAAAACAGGAAGCAAAAGAAUAUUUAAAUAAAUUUAGUACUAUCAAACAAGUAUCAGAAACAAAAGAUGUUUUGGAUUUUAAUUGUUGUUCACCCAAAUGUGGACACACAAUCAGAUAUCAAAAAAAAAUGGUGGUAGAAUUAGGCAAACAAACAUAUAAAUUCCAAUUAGAUGAAGAAAAAUUUAAUGCAUUGCAUGUAUUGAAACCGAGACAUGAAAAGCUUAGAGCCAAGUUUCCGUUAUGGAGGCCCCCACUUGAAGGAGAAAAACUAAUGAAAAGUUCUGGUUCAUACAACACUAAUAAAAAUCCAGAAAAUCCUUAUUAUCCAGUUUCAAGUAAUGAUACUUCUGUUCAACCACUUCAAGAAAUUACAAAACAGCCCAAUUAUAGAAGAAGUAAAAAAAGGAAAUUGGGUAAUAUCUUGAAAUUAAUAUUAUGGUUCUUGGUUUUAUAUUUUGUUUUUGCGGUUCUAUAUAGGUUAUAUAGUAAAAUUUAA